CUCAACUCCUGGGUAAACAUUAAUGGGGCUCAGUACACAGCAGGUCAUGUGUGCGCCCAGCAGAUCUUUGACCGGCAGCUGCUCCCGCCCUGUGUUUCCUCCCCGCAGGUGCCCCCUCACUACCCUCACAGAUCCAGGCCUGGGCCUGGUCUAUCCCUGCCAGAAAUCCAUGCCGAAUUCCCUCACGGGUGGCCAGGUCCCCCCCCUUACUCUGGACACAGUUGGCCUGGUGGACCGGAGCCUGGGAAAUGCAGGGACCUCCGGUUCUGCCCCAGUCUUGGAAGAGGGGAAAAUGGACCCCUGGGCCCUCCCUCAGCUGAAGGACACUGGCCAGUCCUGGAAAGAGCUCAGCGUGGCCGGCAGGGUGCUCCGGGUGGCCACUGGCUUCCUCAAGGCCUGUGGACUCCUGGGCAGCCUCUACCUCUUCAUCUGCUCCCUGGACAUCCUCAGCUCCGCCUUCCAGCUGCUGAGCAGCAAGGUGACUGGAGACAUCUUUAAGGAAAACGUGGUGCUGUCCAACCCCGUGGCUGGACUGGUCAUCGGCGUGCUGGUCACAGUUCUCGUCCAGAGCUCCAGCACGUCUUCCUCCAUUGUGGUCAGCAUGGUGGCCUCCAAAUUGCUGACCGUCCAGGCGUGUGUGCCCAUCAUCAUGGGCGUCAACGUGGGCACGUCCAUCACCAGCACCCUGGUUUCAAUGGCACAGUCAGGGGACCGAGAUGAGUUUCGGAGGGCCUUUGGCGGCUCAGCUGUUCACGGCAUCUUCAACUGGCUCACGGUGCUGAUCUUGCUGCCACUGGAGAGCGCCAUAGCCCUGCUGGAGAGGCUCAGCGCCCUGACUCUGGGCGCCACCAGCCUGCAGCCUGGGGGGCACGCGCCCGACAUCCUCAAGGUGCUAACGCAGCCUCUCACACACCUCAUUGUGCAGCUGGACACCGAUGCGAUUGCAAGCAGUGCCACGGGCAACGCCACCAACAGCAGCCUCAUUAAGCAAUGGUGCGGCACCAGAGAGGUGAUGACCUCGGGGAACAGCAGCGACUGUGGAGCGGCGGCCUCUGGCCCCUGCCCGGAGAGGAACGGAACGGCUGCGGUGGAGCUGCUGCCCUGCCACCACCUGUUUGUGGGGACCACACUCACGGACCUGGCCGUGGGCUUCAUCCUGCUGGCCGCCUCCCUGCUCCUGCUCUGCACCUGCCUCGUCCUCAUCGUCAAACUGCUUAACUCUGUGCUGCGCGGCCGCAUCGCCCAGGCCGUGAGGAAGGUCAUCAAUGCUGACUUCCCCUUCCCCUUCAGCUGGCUCAGCGGCUACCUGGCCAUCCUGGUGGGCGCCGGCCUGACCUUCGUGCUCCAGAGCAGCAGUGUCUUCACGGCGGCCGUUGUGCCGCUCAUGGGGGUCGGGGUGAUCAGCCUGGAGCGCGCAUACCCCCUCUUCUUGGGCUCCAACAUUGGCACGACCACCACAGCCCUGCUGGCUGCCCUGGCCAGUCCCGCAGACAUGCUGCUCAGCGCCCUCCAGGUUGCCCUCAUCCACUUCUUUUUCAAUCUGGCUGGCAUCCUGCUGUGGUACGUGGUGCCUGUCCUGCGGCUGCCCAUCCCACUGGCCAAACGCUUCGGGGACGUGACCGCCAAAUACCGCUGGGUGGCCAUCGCCUAUCUGCUGCUCAGCUUCCUGCUGCUGCCGCUGGCCGCCUUCGGGCUCUCCCUGGCAGGGAGCACAGUGCUGGCUGCAGUCGGAGGACCCCUGGUGGGGCUGGUACUCCUCGUCAUCCUGGUCAAUGUCCUGCAGCGGCACCGGCCAGCCUGGCUGCCACGCCGUCUGCGGUCCUGGGCCUGGCUCCCGCUCUGGCUCCAUUCUCUGGAGCCCUGGGACCGCCUGGUGGGCCGCUGCUGCCCCUGCAGGGUCUGCAGCCCCCCCCCGGCCGCUGCCAAGGAGGCCCACUGCUACGAGAACCCUGAGGUCCUGGCCUCCCAGCAGCUGUGAAGGGUGGGCACCCCCACUUCGUGGACUUCUGGGUGCCCUGGGGGAUCCUAGUAGCAGGAGACUUCCGAGUCACCUAGCUUGGCUUCUUUCCAAAUAAACAAGACUAUAAACCA